CCCCUUCACUUCUAUAUAUAUUCUUCCCCAUUCUUCUCCCAAUCUUCAAACUCUCUCUUUCCUCUUCUUCCAACCAAAACACAACAAAUUCACUCUAAUAACCAUUUUCCAUUUCUCUAUCAUCAUGAAGCAAUUGAUCCGCCGUCUUUCUCGUGUUGCCGAUUCCUCUCAGUACUGUCUCCUCCGCUCCGACUCUCCCUCCUCCGCCGCCGCCGCCGCCACCAAACUUCGCCGUUCUCGAAUCCUCCGUUCCUCCACCGUCCCCCAAGGCCACGUUCCUGUUUACGUCGGCGAAGAGAUGGAACGCUUCGUCGUCAGCGCUCAACUCUUAAAUCACCCUGUUUUCAUCGAACUUCUCGAUAAAUCCGCACAAGAGUACGGUUACGAACAGAAAGGCGUUCUACAUAUUCCUUGUCACGUUCUUCUCUUUGAGCGUGUUCUUGAGGCUCUCAGACUCGGUGAUUACGAUUCUCGCCAUCUUCAAGAUCUUCUUUCCAAUCUCUCUCUCCAGUCAUAAACCAGACGCCCUCUUUUUUCUUUUUCCUCUCUUGUAUUAUUUUUUCCAGAGAGAUUGUUUUUUUUUUUUUUUUUUCUCUCUUUCUUUUUUAUAAAUUUUUCUGUAUAUAGGUUUAUUUCUGAUUUUGGUUUCUCGUAGACGAUUAGUAUAUCAAAAGAGAGUUAAUCAAGGAAAAGAAUUUUUUUUUCCUCCUUACGAUGUAAAUCGACGAGGAUAUUACUACAUUUUCUCUGUUAUGGAGACAGCUUCUUCUUCUUCA